AUGGCGCUUGGCGGUGCUGCCCUCAAGGGAUUGCAAACCUUCCUCUAUGCCCUCGAAUUCUGCUGCGCUGCCAUCAUUCUCGGUCUCUACAGUUACUUCCUCGCUGUCCUCGCCGAUCGGGAUGCCAGAAUCUUCACUUGGGUCAAGGCCGUCGAGGGCCUCUCUGGAGCCGCCGUCCUCUACACCCUCUUCGCCGUUCUCCUCACCUGCUUCCUAGGAGGCAAGAUGUUCUUCGCCUUCCUUGGAAUGGUCUUUGAUCUCCUCUUCACCGGCGCCUUCAUCGCCAUUGCAGUGCUCACCCGCGGCGGUUCUCACAAGUGCCGCGGUAUCGUCAGUACUCCUUGGGGAACUGCUCCCGCAAACACCAAGCAAGGCUUCGGGAGCAAUGGACAGGGCAACCAGGUUACCUACGCUGUCUCGUUUGGCACUGCGUGCCGCAUGAACAAGGCCUGCUUUGCGGUUGCCAUUGUCGGAGCUGUCCUCUUCUUCAUCUCGGCUUUCGUCCAGCUUGCCCUAGGCCGCCAUCAUAAGAGGGAGAAGCGCUACGGCCCCUCUCCCGCCAACAAUUACACUUAUGGCAGGGGAACCAAGUUCUGGCGCCGCAAGGGCCACACUGGUCCUCGCGAUCCCGAAAUGGCUGGCACCGUAUCUGCGGUUGGCGCCGGUCAGACCACUGGAACGUUGGCGCCCGGUGCGAACGAUUACCGCCCAUCCUACGAUACGGCAUACACCGGCACUACCGCUGAAGACGGCCACAAGCCUUUGGUUGGAGGCUAUCACACUGCCCCAACCGGCACCUACAACAAGACCGGCUACAACGCUCCGACGACUGCGCACUACUAG